AUGAACGUCGGCGGUGGUGGCAUGGGCCGUCCUCAGGGCUCAGGCCUCGACGACGGCAACAGCCAAGUGGAACCUGUGACGUACAUUUGCGGCGAGUGCGGCUGUGACGUCAUGCUUCAGCCGAACGCGGCUGUUCGGUGCAGGAGCUGCGGCUCGCGAAUUCUCUACAAGAAAAGGUCGCGGAAAAUGAUGCAGUACGAAGCGCGAUGA